AUGAUGCUGCAGACGACGGCUUCACCAGACAACAUGGUCCCGAUAUUUACAACUACUAAAACUACUACCACAACCACCACCACCACUACCACAACUAAUAACACCACAGUUACAACUACUAAAACUACUGCCACAACCACAACUAAUAACACCACAGUUACAACUACUAAAACUACUGCCACAACCACCACCACUACCACUACUAAUAACACCACAGUAACAACUACUAAAACUACUGCCACAACCACAACUAAUAACACCACAGUUACAACUACUAAAACUACUACCACAACCACCACCACUACCACAACUAAUAACACCACAGUUACAACUACUAAAACUACUGCCACAACCACCACCACUACCACAACUAAUAACACCACAGUUACAACUACUAAAACUACUACCACAACCACCACCACCACUACCACAACUAAUAACACCACGGUUACAACUACUAAAACUACUGCCACAACCACAACUAAUAACACCACAGUUACAACUACUAAAACUACUACCACAACCACCACCACUACCACAACUAAUAACACCACAGUUACAACUACUAAAACUACUGCCACAACCACAACUAAUAACACCACAGUUACAACUACUAAAACUACUACCACAACCACCACCACUACCACAACUAAUAACACCACAGUUACAACUACUAAAACUACUGCCACAACCACAACUACUACAAUAACUACUACCACCACCACAACAACCAGUUUAAACUGCCUACUGUUCAUGUUUAACAUGCCCACUGUAUCUCAUGUUCAUGUUAAACCUACUUACUGUAUCUCAUGUUCAUGUUUAACUUCCUUACUGUAUAUCAUGUUCAUAUCAAAUAUGCCUAUUGUAUAUCAUGUUCAUGUUAAAUCUGCCUACUGUAUAUCAUGCUCAUGUUAA